UAAAAUUUGUUUGGUGAUCUACAUACUAAUUAAAUAAAGACAUGCCGAAUUAUGCUACUCCCGGACAUCCAUAUUCGUCUCAGAGUAUUUACGUAACGGUCAGUCCUGUUUACAAAAAAAGGGGCUCAAAUUCCGAUCAUGAUUUCAAGCCACAAGAGUCAUUCAGUCGUAGACUUCCUAACAUCAGUCAACGCGUCCAGUCAGCAGCGGACAUCGGAUUGGUGACAUCAUCGAAACAACAGCAACGUGCUCAUACUGCUCCACCAACGUACAAAUAUCCUCCACGAGUGGAUCACAAACACAGGUUAAUAACUACAAACUUCAAGCAAAAUACGCCAUGGUGCAGAGAUAUGUGCCGUUGGUUUACUCCGGACAGGACGCAGGGUGUUUGGUAUGACAAUGAAGAUUUUGAUAGAUAUCGGCAAAGUGCAUUCAAAUUUCGAUUACCGGCACAACAUAUUUAUCACACAAAAGCCGGUCUGAUGCCAAACUAUUCGGGAUAUGUUCCUGGACAGGCAUUUAGAUAUGGAGGCACGUGGGCUAGAGAAACGGCGAAUGCCAGAAUGAUCGGAAUUGCAAGAAAAUGGGAGUCGACAUCUUAUUUUCAGGAUCGCCCUAUAGGAGCUUGACAAUAAAAAUUACAUCUCUCUAUUCUGUA